AUGGGUCAUCAAACAGAAGGAUUUGAUGAAAAAGAAGAAUAUAAAAAACUUUUUAAAAUCCGAGAUGAAAUAUUUAUGAACAUGCAAGCAGCCAUGCAAUCUUCUGGAACGGGAUUUUUUAACACAAAUAUGCCUUAUGGGUCUUUUUUAAUAAAAGAGCAGCCGUAUGAUCCAUCUAAGAACUCACGUACUUCAUCAGAGGAGGCAGUUAACUAUAAAUCUCCGGCUACUUCAGCGUCAAUCGGAAUUUUAUCCAAAGAUGAAAAAAAUAAACUUGAACGUAGCCUCCGGGCAAGGAUCGAAAAAAGAAAAGCAGAUGUUAGGUUAAUGAAUGAACAGGGUUCAUCCAAAAAACAUAUUGAGCAAAGAACAUUUUCAAAUCAGAUUCAUUACAGAAAAACUAAGGAAUCGUGGGAUGGAACAAGAGCAAAUACAAAAGGGCCAAAUUAUGAUACAGCAUCUCACUUUCAUAUUCAAAGAGGGACACCGCCAGCCCCCAAGCAUCAGCAAGAACCACACGUAUCAGAAUCACCGUCUUACCAUACCGAAAAACCAAAAAACAAACAAAUAUAUUGCGAAAAUAAAGAUGAAAUAGCAAUCAAUUUUUUGUCUAAAUCCAUGGCUAUUCCUGGAUUAAGAGUCCCUACUAACAUGUACGAGGAAAAUACUGAAAAACUGACUACAACACCUGCUACCACACAAAAUGCACAUGACACAUAUAACGAAGGCGUACAAAGCAAUUCACCUGCUAAAUCACCCAAUCUGUCUUUAGAAUCCAAAUUACUAUCAAACGAUUCUCAGACGUAUCAAUCAAACGUGCAAAAUAGAUCAAGAUCAUCUUCUUUUGAGUAUAAACCGCGGUCACCCAAUUCUCCUCUGCGUCUCUCCCCCUUACUAUCGCCAAAAAUAUCCGAAACUCUCGCUGCGCCUCAGAAACUAGCAUCAAACUCUGCUUCUGAACCAAGAUCCUAUUCUUCUCAACUAACAAGCGAAAACCCACAAACCAUCCCCCAUCCAAAGGACACAAAGGAUACUCUAGACUGCUACUCACGGCCAGACAUCCCUUCUUGCCUCCCCGAACAGCACAACCACCGCUUUUACAGAGAAAUCAUGUCCUCAAAAUCUCUCUACUGGAAACACGGCUUGCACGGCUUCUCUCCAUACUACCACCGCUCCUUUACCCCCCCGUGGUAUGGUCUCCGCGACUGCUCCAGGCCCUUUCCUCCCGACGACGACCCAUACUUCCACUAUCGAGACAGAACAUGCUUUUCUCAUGAUCCAUACUAUCUAGAUCUUCCUUCUGCUCCCCCGCCUUCCUGUCCACGACCUCCCCUCCCUUAUCCACGGUUCUCACUCCCACGGCUCCCUCCUCACUCCCCACCACUCCCCUAUCCACCCCCCCCUCCCCUCCAUUCCGGCCUUUCUCCAUAUCCCUCCGAUCCUUCCUGCUUCUACCCCCUACACUCCCUCGACUGCGACUUUCUCCACACCUCUAUCCCUCCUCCCCCCCCUCCUCCUCCUCACUACGCCUAUCUUCCUCCCAACAACACCUCAUCUACCAAACUCCCCACCGAUCACCCCAAUCACACUCACCCUCACUGGACUCAUGACCGCUGA